AUGGAUUUAAUAAUUGCUCUGCUAUGGCUUUUUGUAUUUUUUAUAAUUGUUUUAUUUUUGGGUUCUUUAAAUUAUUUUCUUGGACGACCUAAUUCGAAUGUAAAAACAUCUCAACAACAAUCUCCGUCUAAUACUACAAAUCAACAACAACAACAACAACAACAACAACAGUCCAAUCGUACUAAUAAUAAUCGUCGAAAACAUGCACGAAAUGCAAAUAAGAAGCGACAAAAAGCAGCAGCAGCAGUGGCAGCAAACGAAAAUUUGAAUAGUAAUAAUGAUAAUGAAAACGAAAAUGAACAAGAAAAGAAAACAAUUAUAUCUGAAGAAAAGAUUAAAGAAGAAGAAGAAGAACCCUUCACAGAAGAUUUUGUACAACAAACUAAUGAAGAACAAGAAGAAGACGAAGAAUUUCAAGACCCAAUUAUAACUGAAGAUUUAUUAAUCUCUUGUUGUCUAACACCUAUUGAAGAAGAAAACGAACUAAUUUUACCAGUUAAACAACACAACAAAGAUAAAAGUAAUCAUAUUAAUAGUAAAACACAAAGUUCAAUCUCUUCAGAUACAAAAAAUUGUUCGUCUAUACCACCAAUAUCAUCAAAACAAGAAUCUAUUCUCUUAUCAAAGCCUCAAGCAAAUGUAGCACCCGUUAAACAAACUUUUCCAUUAGCUGCUACAACAAAUAUCGAAUCUACUCACAUUCCACAAGUUGAAAAUUCUAAGUCAAAUGAAACUUUAUCAUCAUCAUCACAUAACAUCUAUUCAUAUUCUGAUCAUGGUUCUGUACCACCAAGAUUUCAAAAAGAACGACAAGACAACGAAGUAUUUACUACACAAAAAUUUCGUAGAAAAAAAGCAACAACACAAAUAACAAAAAAACCAUCUAUUCAAUAUGAUUCACCUACAAAACAGAAUAAUGUUGUACCGUUAGCAUCAAAACAACUAAUCAAUAAUAAUACUCACUUCGAUUUAUCUCUACAAUCACGUCAACAUGAAUCAUCAAAUUGCGAUGGAUAUUCAUCAGAAUCAGACAAUUUAUCAGAAUCACCAUCAACAAUACUCACGAGCAAUAAUCAUAAUUAUUUAUCAUCAACAUCAGCUGAAUCUCACUAUUUAUUAAACGGACAUGAUAUAAGACAUUCAAGAUCAACAUCAAAUAGUUUAUUAGAUAGAUUAAUUUCAAUAUUGGAUAAUACUCCAUUUUCAUCGAAUGACAUUGAAUUAAUUUUUAAAAAACUAACCGCUAAACAAUUAUUAAAUAAACAAGAUUGGGAACAUAUAUCAGAAACUAAAACAAAAAAUGAUAAAACUAUUGAACGUAUAAUUGAAGAAACAUAUCAUAGUCAAGCAAAAAUUCUUGCCGUUGAAUUACAAAUAGAAAGAAAUCAUGUACUUGAAUUAACUAAAACUAGUGUUGAAAUGAAUAAUAUAAUAAAACAUUUACAACAAUCAAAUCAUAAUAUGAUACCAUAUCAACAAACAAUUUUAUCAUAUCAAAUGCAACUUAAAAGAUUAACCGAUGAAAAUACACGUUUAGCUCAUCAAUUACAUACAUAUGCAAUGAUGCCAGGUACGAUUAAUGAACUUAAACAACAACAACACAUUCUUGAUGAACAAUUAGCACAAAUUAAUGUAAGAAAUAGUUCUUUAGAAAAAGAAAUAGCUGAUGGUGAACGUGCUAGAAAACAUGCAGCAGAAAUAUAUAAAAAAGCUGAUGCCCAAAAACAAGAACGAAUAGAACAAAUGCUUGAAGAUUUAAAUAAAUAUAAAAAAAUCGAUAAAGAUUUAAGUCUAUUUCAAAAAAAAUCCAAUGAACUUAAAGAAAAUUUAAAUACUAAAUUGAACAAUAUAACUCAACAACGUGAUGAUUUAGAAAAAACUCGUGAAAAAUUAGAAGAAAAAAUCCAACAAUAUGGACAAUUAAAAAUAAAAUAUGAUCAACUUGUACAAAAUGAAACUGAAACAUCAGAUCUUGAUCAACUUCAACAAGAAUUAAAAAAAGUUAAAGAUCAAAAUGACGUAUUAACACAACGUAAUUUCAAAAUAACGGAACAAUUAAAUAGACGAUUACAAAAACAAGAACAAAAUCAAAAAGAUCAAUCAUCGGAAAAUUAG